AUGCCUGGUGUUCCUCCCGAUGCGCUUGACCAGCUGAAGAAGGGUUUCAAAAGGUUCUUCAGGGGACGCAAGAAGAGGUUUUCAACAGCCCAAGCCGCUACAGUAAAGGAUACUUCUGCAGAAGCUACCGCUGCUCCCGUGGCAGAUGCGGAGCCAACGGAGACUACACCAGCAGAGGCUGCUCCUGCUGCCCAACUGCGCCUGAUCCAUGAAAGGAAGCAACUCCAGCAGCUGCAGAUGCUGCCCCUACUCCAGCUCCAACUGCCGGUGGUGCUACGUCUGUCCCUGCAGCCGCUCCCACUGAAUCCCCAAACGCAGUCGACCCGGCGCCCCCAACCAACACCUGCCCCUGAAGCCAAACCCGCUGAGAUGCAGCCUGCUGAGGAUAAACCCGCUGAAGUCGCGGAACCACCCACAUCGGAAACUGAGCCGACACCAGAUACCUCCAAGCCGGCUGAUGCUCCCGCGCCCGCGGCUCCUGCUUCGUGA